AGAAGAGACAGGUCCCAAGGAUGCGAAAUUAUUUGAAUUUUUCCCCAGUCUGAGAUGAGCGCUACAGGUAUACGGUCAAAAGAUACUGAAUACGAUAUAAAAAGUGAGUAGUGAGAUAAAUUGUCCUGAGAGCGAAUUUAGAGCAUGGUGUUUUUUCUGUAUUGUUUAAUGAAGUAGUGAAUACACAUCGAAUCAGUGAAAAAUUAUUGCGUACAUGCCAUUUUUCGAUAUUUGUUCAAUGAUAUAAUUGCACAUAAAUAAUCAUCGAUCAUGUUGCCAACAAACGUUAUGUCGUUUAUGAAAAAGAUGGUGGCUCCAGAGGAUGUGCCGCAACACAGUACUGUUGAAAACACUGGGACAUUUGGCAAAUUGAAACAGACCCUUUCAUCUUCUCUCUUAACUGCCCAAGAUAAAGUAAAUAAAAUGUCACCACGUCCAUCCUUGGUCCCGGAUGUUGAUGCUUCAAAUGAACCUUCUAAUAUAAAUCAGGAUCAACCAAAUAAGGCUGACAAUCCAAAACUUAUUGGUCGCUCUGGUUCGUGUAGGAUUUGUCUGAAGGCAUUUAAACCCAAUGAAUACCGUAAGACGUGCGUAGAAUGUGACCAAAAAGUCUGCGAGGACUGUGCCAGCUACAGUAAAUUAGAUGAACAGGAGUCAAUGAGAGCAUCAUCCGUAAGAAGAGAUAGACAUACAUAGCGCAUUCUUAGAAGG